AUGAGCAAUGUAUUCUCCAUAGGAUGGCGGAUCCCAUGCCCGGGGCUCCGGGCAUCCUCCAACUCUCUCCUCUCUGGCCCAGCCAUAUUCCGCCCGGCGGUUUCGUACUCGUACUUCCGCGAGUUGCCCGCGCAGCGCCUCUAUAGUUCACAGAGAAAGCUCAUCUCCCCGCUAGGACUGGGAUAUUUGACUUUCCCCCGCACAUCUUUCAACUCAAAUCAACCUCCUUCCUCGUUCCUUACGAGAUCUGCUAAGACGAAAAGUACACCAGCUCCCAAACCCAACGAACCGGUCGAACAUGGCGUCCCCAUCAGCUCUAAACCGCUCUCCGCCGCGGAGAUCAACAAGAUCUUUGGCCCGAAUAAAAUCUCUCCAGCAAUGGGAAAUCGCAUUCUUUCCGUCCUACAAGGCCGUCGUAUCAACGGUACUCUCGACCUCGACCUUCCGUCCGACAUAGCCCGCUCUGCGCGCCCGUUCGUUAUCGAUGCCGGUCUACAAUGGCUGCGGAAGAAUCGCCCAAUGGACGAGGAUGCUGCUAUUCUCGCACGGAUCGAACGGGAGGAACAAGAAGAAGAGGAGAGGCUGAGGAGCCUGUAUAAGCCGCAGAGCGGCCACUAUGAUGCGGAAUUGGGCAAGGCCAAUGAUCCCUGGGGAAAGAGUGUUUUGCAGGAAUAUCGAGAACAGAACGAGGCGCGCCUCUUGGCGGAACAGGAGCAGAAGCGCAAAGAAUGGCUGGAGGGCGAAGCCAAGGAUUACGAGAAGAUCACCAAGGCGCUGAAAAGGAAUACGGAACUGCAGAAAUUUGAAGAAUCAGCGGUCGUUGAGGCUCGUCCCCGUGCUGAUCCCAGUGAGCGUCCGCUGCUGGCUUGGAUCCAAAAGCAUCAUCUGCGCGCUACGAACAAUGAUAUCGACACCUCGAACCUGACAACCGCCCGCCGAAUUCUUCCUGCUCUUGGCGUGACCCUGCUUACCCUUGGUCUGUGCUAUGUGUUCGCCGAGACGUAUGACCCUCCAUCUCACAAGGACCGUAUGUGGCGAGACAUUCCGCCGGCGGCAGCAACUGUCCUGGCCAUCAUAGGUCUCAACCUAAGUGUCUUUACCUUGUGGAAAUUCUGGCCACCCGCAUGGAGAAUGCUCAACAAGUACUUCAUCAGCGUGCCUAUCUACCCGCACGCGUUGAGCGUGGUGGGCAGUGUCUUCAGUCAUCAGCAGGUGAAGCAUCUUGCUACAAACAUGGUGAUUCUAUGGUUCAUCGGAACAAGACUCCACGACGAAAUCGGCCGUGGUAACUUCCUAGCCCUAUUCAUGGCAUCCGGCGUGAUCGGCUCCCUUACCUCUCUCAGCGCACAUGUGCUCACGAAGCAAUUGACCGUAACCUCUCUCGGUGCCUCCGGCGCCAUUGCCGGUCUCGUCGCUGCAUGGUGUAUGAUUCACUCAAACGACAAACUCACCCUCUGGUUCCUCCCUCGCGAGUGGCAAGACACCAUCUCUGCCCGUGGCUCCGUCUUCCUCACAGGCAUCGUGCUCUUCGAAGCCAUCAGCCUCUUCACCCCCUUCCGCGUCGCUGCGUUAGACCACUGGGCCCAUCUAGGCGGCUACCUAACCGGCGCAGCGUGGGCGUCGUAUUGGAAAAUCAAGCGAGAUAGGGAGAAGAAGAAACGAAGAGAGGAACUGGGUAUUCUGGGGAGGUUGUUUUCAGAUUAA